GUUGAGUCAAAAGCUGUCACAGACAGUAAGGAGCAGUCUGUGACAGACACCUCUGCAACACCUGUGUAAAAGCUUGAGGAGAAAAAGAUGACACGUAUCUUCCAAGCCACGAUUGGCCUGCUGGCAUUGUGUCUUGUGACUCACGCAGUAAAAUGGUGCACAGUAUCUGAUGCUGAGCAAGCAAAAUGUAUGGACCUGCAAACAUGCUUGAAAGGGAACAUAACAAUGCACUGUGUGAAGAAAACUAGUUACCAUGACUGCAUACAGGCCAUUGCAAACUCUGAAGCAGAUGCUAUCAGCCUAGAUGGUGGCCUUAUUUAUGAUGCAGGUUUGGCCCCUUAUCACUUGAAGCCCAUUGCAGCUGAGGUAUAUGGAGAAGAAUGUGCAACCAGUUACUAUACUGUGGCUGUUGUGAAGAAAGGAACAGUCAAUUCACUUAGUGACCUCAGAGGGAAGAAAUCUUGCCACACUGGCUUCGGCAGAUCUGCUGGAUGGAAUGUGCCAAUAGGAAUUUUGUUGGAAAAAGGUUACAUACAGUGGGCUGGAGCAGAAAACGAGCCUAUACAGAAAGCGGUAGCCCGUUUUUUCCUUGCUUCCUGUGUCCCUGGGGUUCCCAAUGAACCCAGCCUGUGCCGUUUAUGUAUUGGGGAAGGGGAAGCUAAAUGUUCUGCCUCUGAUCCCUACGCUGGCUAUUCUGGAGCUUUGAGAUGUUUGAUGGACGGAGUUGGAGAUGUGGCCUUUGUGAAACAAGAAACUGUACUAAGCCUCUCUGAAGAAGAAAGGAACAAAUAUGAGCUGCUUUGUUAUGAUGGGACCAAAAGGCCAGUGGAACAGUAUAGAUCAUGUAACUUGGCUAGAGUUCCUGCUCAUGCUGUGGUAGCACGAAGUGAUGGUCAUAUUGAUGAAAUCUGGGAACUGAUCUCAACAUUACAGAAACGGUAUCCCAAGGGCACUCAAGGAACAUGUCAAUUUUUUGGCUCCUCCCAUGGGAAAGACCUCAUGUGUAAGGACUCUGCUAUGAAAUUUAUCCGUGUCCCUCUGAAAGUAGAUACUCAACUGUACCUGGGCCCCCAGUACCUGGCUGCUAUUCAGAAUGUCAGAAAAGAGAGACCUGCUCCUGAUACAACAAACAGGGUCCGGUGGUGUACCGUGGGCAAGAAUGAGAAAGCCAAGUGUGAUACCUGGAGCGCAGUGAGUGGAGGCGCAAUCGAGUGUGCUGUGGCUGACAAUACAGAGGACGCCAUUGUCAAGAUUCUGAAAGGGGAAGCUGAUGCCAUGAGUUUAGAUGGAGGCCUCAUCUAUGUUGCAGGAGAAUGUGGCUUGGUGCCAGUGGCAUCAGAAAUCACUGAUCAGAGGGACAUUGAAGCAUGCCGUAGUGAAGGAACACAGAUCCGAGGCACCUACGUUGCUGUAGCUGUUGUCAAGAAAAGCAAUCGUAAGAUCACUUGGAAGAACCUGCGAGGGAAGAAGUCCUGCCAUACCGGCCGCGAUAGAACUGCUGGUUGGAAUAUACCUAUGGGCAUGAUUAUCAAUGAAACUGGAAUUACUGAUGUUGAUCACUUCUUCAGUGAAGGCUGUGCACCAGGGUCACCUCCUGAAUCUCCACUCUGCAGCCUAUGUGUCGGCAGUGGCAGCUCCAUCUCUGACCAAUACAAGUGUGCACCUAACAGCCAUGAGCUAUACUAUGGCUAUACUGGUGCUUUUCGGUGUUUGGUAGAGAAAGGAGACGUAUGCUUUGUUAAAGGUACCACAGUCCCUGAGAACACAAAUGGAAACAACCAAGAAGCUUGGGCAAGCAAACUGAAGAGUGAAGACUUUGAGCUGCUGUGCCGCAAUGGAGAACGUCGGCCAAUUACUUCAUCCAGUGAUUGUAAUUUGGGUCAAGCUCCCCCUCAUGGAGUAGUAGCACACCCUGACCGAGCAGACCUAGUCCGUCGUGUGAUGAAUGACCAAGAGGCUCUCUUUGGAAGCAAAGGAUCACAGAAAGAUAUAUUCCAGAUGUUCCAACCUGAUCCCAAGAACAAAGAUCUCCUGUUCAAGGAUCGCACUAUCUGUUUGGGCAAAGUCAAAAAGGGAGCAACCUACAGGGAUCUUCUUGGCAGUGACUACGUAGAUGCUAUUAGUUCAAUCAAGAAGAUCUCACCUUCAGCCCUUGUAGAAGCCUGCAGAUUCCAUCAGCAUGUCUGCUCAUCCUCGUAAUGAAAAAAACAAAACACACCAACAACUGAGAAGAUUCAUUUCUUUGACUUUGAACUUGGGGACCUGUUUCUUUUAUCUUUAACAUUGCAAAAAGGGGGGAAAACCUGUUCAAGCUUCUGGCUUUGUAACUACCUGGUGUUGUAGUGAAAAAUAAAUAACAUUAACUCUAA